UGGCAAACAGAAAAAACCAAUUCGAAGGCUUUAGGAUUCUCUCGUCUCGUCGAGGGCGUUUGAGAGAGAGAACAUCGGAACAUGUGGGAAUCAAUAUGCCUGACGCUUGCGGCCACCGCCGGUAACAAUAUCGGCAAGGUUCUACAGAAGAAGGGCACUAUCAUCCUCCCUCCUCUCUCCCUCAAGCUCAAGGUGAUAAGAGCAUAUGCUGUUAACAAACCUUGGGCGUUAGGUUUUCUCAUGGACAUUUUUGGGGCUUUGUUGAUGCUCAGAGCUCUUUCACUUGCUCCUGUGUCUGUUGUUCAGCCAGUCUCUGGAUGUGGACUUGCCAUUCUUUCAGUCUUUUCGCAUUUUUAUCUCAAGGAAGUCAUGAAUGUUUUUGACUGGAUUGGGAUUACCGUCGCUGGCAUUGGCACCAUAGGAGUUGGUGCUGGUGGUGAGGAGCAAAAAGCAUCUUUGAUAUCUGUCUUCCAGUUGCUCUGGCUAGCUCUUGUUGUUGCCAUCUUGUUUGUACUACUAAAUGCGUGGCUUCAUAUCUAUAAACGCCAGCGCAGGGAGCAGGAGCUGAUGGAAUAUGAAGUGGUGGAAGAAAUUAUAUAUGGCUUGGAAUCUGGGGUUUUAUUCGGGAUGGCAUCUGUAGUAUCAAAGAUGGGUUUUGUAUUCGUGGAGCAAGGUUUUUCUGCAAUGUUCAUUCCCAUGUGCAUCUCCAUUAGUAUAUGCUGUAGCGGAACAGGAUUUUUCUACCAGACUCGGGGACUAAAACAUGGGAGAGCAAUUGUAGUAUCCACUUGCGCUGCUGUGGCAUCAAUUGUAACAGGUGUGGUCGCUGGAAUGUUUGCUUUGGGUGAGAAACUGCCCACUUCACCAUCUGGUCGACUUUUACUUCUCUUGGGAUGGUUACUAAUCAUGCUAGGUGUUGUAUUACUUGUAACUUCAUCAAGACUUAUCAGACAUCUUCCAAGGUCAUUCCGGCGUUCCAGACAGACCAGUGUAGAAAGAGGUUUCAACAUAAGGCGGUCAACAUCUCACACGCCAAAGGAUACAAACCCAAGUGCGGUUAUCCAAGCAGCAACAUUGCACCAUCUCUUAUCAUCCGCAUCAAAAGAGAAAGACUAAGGCUUCGGGAAACACCAUAGACUUUGUGACUUGAAGUGUCAGAUUUUCAAAGUUCAUCUCAUUGAUAUUGCAGUUGUGGGAACAGUUACAAGAUCAGAGCUUGUGAUCCAUCAUGACUUAACCUUUUGGUAUCUGAACUGUGAAAUAUGAGUUCCCUUUGUUAUGUGGCUCUAAUUGUGCAAACUGUGAGUUUUGGAUAUACACGACGAUAGCAUAACAUGAAGUCAAGUCUGUUUUUUCUUAAUGUUAAAAUGUUAUUAUUUUUUUCUUAUAUUGUUGCUCAAAUAUGUCUUCUCUAUUAAAGGAUACCAAAUUUAUCUACUAUUUAGAAGUUAU